AUAGAAACCUCAAAUUUAUUCGGGCAGACGGGUGAUGGCGGACUUUGAAGAUCAAGUGUGACUGCGUGUACUCACUUCUUCUCCGUGAUCCCAUUCAAUUUUAAUUCUUUGUUUGGUUACUUGGAAACACUGCGAGAUAAGCCCAUCAAAUCAAACUACGUACAUACAUCUAUUUCAGUGAGUCUCGCAAAUGUAUCCUCCCUUAAUCCUUGGAUUUUCGAACUUUUUACUGAACCCAUGAGCACAGAUGCUCUGCCAUUAACCAUAAAAAUGUUCAUUCAAUAAAAGCUGCAACUCUGAAAGGAUUGACUUCAAUCAAUAAUGGCACUGCUAGUUUUAGCUCUUCUCUUUUUCUGGGCAUUUGGUAAAAUGGAAUCAAAUGACUUUUUCAGUUGAACAAGAUAGUUCUUUUUUUCCUAUGGAGAUAGAUCUUGAACUGCCUUCGUGUGAGCAGGAUAAAUUAGACAUUGGAUCAAAUUCAAGGGCUGAUGUUGUAGAUAACACAGUUGGAAUUGAUAUUGAGGAAGAACCUGUAGAUUCUCCAGGAUUUAGUGAAUGUGACGAGGAAGAUCAUGAAUCAAAUGCUGACCAAAAUAUUUCCAGCUAUCAAGAUCCAGUGGAUUUCAACACUGUUGGGGUGGAUGUUGUCAACAAAGGGUCCACUUGUGAGCCCUGCAAUGGUUUGGAGUUUGAAUCAAAAGAGGAAGCAUAUUCUUUUUAUAGAGAGUAUGCUCGUUUCGUGGGAUUUGGUAUCACAAUUAAGGCCAGCCGGCGCUCAAAAAAGUCUGGAAAAUUUAUUGAUAUAAAGGUUGCAUGCUCUAGAUUUGGCAACAAGCGCGAGUCUGGUACUUCUGUCAAUCCAAGACCAUGUAUAAAAACAGACUGCAAGGCCGGCAUGCAUAUUAAGAGAAAAGGAGAUGGUAAAUGGAUCAUACAUAGUUUUAUGAAGGAGCAUAACCAUGAGAUUUAUCCAGAUGACUUUUAUUAUGCUAUCAAUAGAAAGAGUAAACAAUCUAUUGUUGCUGCUUAUCAAAAGAAAGGUUUGCAAUUGGCUUUAGAAGAUGAAGAUAUACAGCUAAUGCUUGAUUUUUUUAUGCAUAAGCAGGAGGAGAGUCAUGACUUCUUCUACUCCAUAGAUUUGGAUCAUGAAAAACGUCUGAAAAGUGUAUUAUGGGUUGAUGCAAAAGGUAGAAAUGAGUAUAGUAGUUUUUGCGAUGUUGUCUUCUUUGAUACAUUUUAUGUCGCAAAUAAAUAUAAGAUACCUUUUGUUCCAAUUGUUGGAGUUAAUCACCAUUGCCAGUAUUUUUUGCUUGGCUGUGCAUUGAUUGGAGAAGAGACUACACCAGCUUUUGUUUGGUUGAUGCGAACAUGGCUUAAAGCAGUAGGUGGAUUAGCUCCUAGAGUAAUUAUUAGUGAUCAAGAUAAUUUUUUGAAAGAAGCUGCAGCUGAUGUAUUUCCUGAUGCACGACAUUGUUUUUGCUUAUGGCAUGUCCUGGGAAGGAUACCUGGGAAUUUGUCUUGUGAAAUGAAUCAAAAGGAAAAAUUUAUAGAAAAUUUCCACGAAUGCAUCCAUAGAUCUUGGACUGAUGAACAAUUCGAAAUGAAAUGGUGGAAGAUGGUUGAAAGAUUUGACCUAAGAGAGGAUGUAUGGAUACAGUCAUUAUAUGAAGAUCGUAAAAGCUGGGUACCAACUUACAUGAAGGAUUUGUUUUUAGCUGGAAUGUCUACGAAUGUGCGAUCUGAAAGCUUAUGCUCAUUCUUUGACGGGUACCUUUCCCCAGUAACCACAGUUAAGGAGUUAAUUGAGCUGUAUAAAAAAAUAUUGGAAGACAUAUAUGUCAUGGAAGCAAAUGCAGAUUUUGAAACUCAACACAAGCAACGCACAUUAAGAUCUCUUUCAAAUUUUGAGAAACAGACGUCAUUAACUUAUACAGAUGCAAUAUUCAAAAAAUUUCAGUUAGAGGUUUUGGGAGUAGUUUCUUGUCAUCUGCAGAAAGAAGGAGAAACUGAAGCAGCCAUAAUCUACCAGGUUGAUGAUUCUAAAGAACGCCAGAACUUUCUUGUGGCUUGGAAUGAGGAAGAGUUUCAAAUAUCUUGUUUGUGUCGAUCUUUUGAAUACAAAGGAUUUCUUUGUAGACAUGCCUUACUUGUCCUUCAAAUGUCAGAAGUUUCGGUUAUUCCAUCACAUUACAUUCUGAAGCGAUGGACAAAAGAUGCGAAGGUCAAGCAUACUGUUUCUGAAUUACCAAGGAGGAAUUUACGGUUGCAACGAUUCAAUGAUCUGUGUAAAUUAGCCACUAAACUGGGCGAAGAAGGAUCUUUAUCUUCAGAAGCUUACCAUAUUGCCAUUCAGGCAUUAGAGGAAGUACUGAAACAUUGUGUGGAUGUCAACAGCUCUGUCCAAAGUAGUUUGGGACCUAGCAUGUCAAAUGUUCAUAGUUUUGUUGAUGCUGUAGAGAAUCAUGGUUCCAUUACUGGAAAAUCAUUUAAGAAGAAGAAAAUGUACAAGAAAAGAAAGGGAGAAUCUGAGUCAGGGGUAACUACUAGGAUGCAAGACAGUGACCCUCGGAUGGAGCACAUGCGUCCCAGAGCUGACAACCUUGACAACUGUUAUAUCCCUCAACAGGAGAUACAAGUGGUGGAACUUGAUUCUGGAGCUCAAGAUGUUGAUGGCUUCUAUAAUCGGCACAGUAUCCACGGAGUAGGGCAAUUUGAAUCAAUUUCCACUGUCCAUGACGGUUUCUAUACCCAUCAACAGGGCUUGUUGGGACAGUUGCAUUCCGUGCCAACACGUGCUGUGCACUAUGGAAACCAACAGUGUAUGCAAGGACUGCUUGGUUUUAGGGUGCCCACUGUGCAUGGUUGUUUUGACAUUCAGGAAAAUCUGCAAGAUGUGCAGGAACAAUCUGUGGGCUCCUCACAAUAUCAGAACAUUGCACCAAAACACCAACCGGAUAAGCAUCUGUCCCGGUAGUUUGAGCUUUUAUCAUUUCAGAGUAAAGACACAUGAGGAGAUUUUAGAACAUCCUCGAUGAAAAGAGGUCAUCUUUUAUAUGCUCUUUUAUUAUGAUUUGAUUGUACAUUCCGACCAAAGUGUACAGCAGACUGUCACUAUUUUCCAGUGAGACAAUCACACAGUAAUCUAUAAAGAGAUUCCAACCAAAAAAAAUCCUGUA